CAUUCUAAACCGAAUACAACUUCGCGUGAGCUCACAGCUGUUAAGUUCUUGUCAAAUUUAUUUAAAACUCGUGUUGUGUAAAAUUUUCUUGCGCACAUAAAUUAUUAAGCGUAUUUUAUUUUCACAAAGUUUCGGCUGCAUUUAACUUAAACAUAGCAUUAUGGCGUUAUCACCUGGCGUAAAAGAACGUUUAGAAGUAGUUUACGAUGUUGCAAAGACCACAUUUCACUGGGGCUUCAUCCCAAUGGUGCUAUACUUGGGUUUCCGAAAGGGCGCUGAACCCGGCAUGCCACCACUAUCUCUACUGAGCUUGCUUUGGCAAUAAAACAAAACUGGGUAACUUCACGGGGGGAUUCAUAAGUGGAAACAUUGUUGUAACGAAGUGUUUUUGGUCUGAUAAUGGCUAUGUGCUUUAGUAUGUUUCAAAUGAAAUAAUAAAUUUGUUGAAUAUUA